UAACCCUUAUAACCCCCACAGUUAAGGAGGAUGGACUUAGAGCUGGAAGAGGAACUCCAUGAACGGGAAGCCACGGUUGCCGAAUAUAAACAAGUUGAACGAACUCUGCAUGACCUCGAGGCUAAAAUCGCUGAAGCAAAUCUCGAUAAAGAAGAACAAAAUCGGGAGAUGGAAAAUUUAAGGCGUUCGUUAUCGACGAGUGAAAAAGCUAAAUCGAAGAUGGAGGAUGAGGUUGGGAAGUUGGGGGAUCAUAACAGGGAGGUUAAGAGAGAGCUACAUCGACUGAAAGAGGAGAUUAAUGAUAAAAACAUCGAGAUUGAGGAAUUGAGGGGAAAGAUCCGCAACGUUGAAUCUACCAACGGGGUCGACCAAUCAAAGCUCACGGAGUUGGAGCAUUACAAAUAUGUAACAUCUGUUGAACUGAGGGGGUUGAAACAAGCAUUGGAGGCCAAACAUGGGGAACUUGAGGAAGCUGAGGAGAAGUAUAGGAGGUUGGAGGGAAAGAUGAAAGACAGCGAGGAAGAGAACGAGAAGAUGGCGAAGAAAGUCCGCGAGGUUGAAAAGCAACGAAGAUUAACAAGUAAAGAGGUGGAGGACCUCACGUCCGCUCUUAGUGAUAAAGUUGCCGCGCUCGAUGUUGCGCAGAGGAAGCUGAGGAGAGCGGAGAACCAGAUGAUAUCUAUGGAAGAAGCGUCGUCGCUAGCAACGAGUAUCCGACAAGAACUCGAUCGUGCGAAGCGCAACCACAUGGUAGAGCUAGAGAGGACAAAGGAUGAAAUCUCGGUGUUGAAAGCAGAACUCGUGUCGUCGCAACGUAAUGUGGAAGACUUGGAAGAUGAGUUAAAAACUUCUGAGUCACGGUACGAAGCCGCGGCAUCUGAGUCCAUGGAGUUGGAACGACUGCGGCGCCAAGCCACGCAAGCUGCAGGUGACGCUCAAAAUGAAGCUGCGGAAAAAAGUCGUUCAUUGAAUAAAGCUGAAGAUAAAAUGAACAAACUGGAAGAACAGUUAUCGGAAGCUGAGUCACGGUUGGAUGACUUGGCACAAAACCUUCGCGACUCGGAACGUCAUCGUAAAGACGCAGAGAAUCGUUUUCACGAAGUUGCCGUGGUGUUGGAGGUGAAGGAGAAGGAGCUGAAAGAAGCGAGCAAGAAGAUGGGGAGGCUGCAUGAAGAGCUUGAGCGUUCGAACGACGUUAGUGGGGAAACUCAAGAAACUUUGAGAAAUCUCAAGAAACUGAGGGAGGAAGUUCAAGAAGAAGUAUCGGCAAGUAGGGAGGAGAUUAACGUGUUGGAAGAGCAACUUCAUGAAGCUGAGGAUAAAAUCAAUCAACUGGAACAUCAAUUAUUGGAUUCUGAGUCUGAGUUGUCGGCUGCCCGAAAGAAAGUCGAUCAGGCAGAAAAAGAGAAAAAGGAGGCACAGCGCCAACUAGAGGAUGUGUUUGCGGAGAUGGACGACCGCACGAGGGCGCUAGAGCAAGCACAGGAAGCUAUCGGAAAUAUUGACAAUAAAAUGCGAGAGUACGAGCGUUCCCACGAGAAGACGACGUCGAAACUCCAUCGAAUGAAAUCGGACAAAGACAUGGCUCAACGCACUGUCAAUGAAUUGCAACAACAAGUUAAAGACACAGGGAAGGAAAUACAAGAAGCUGAGAAUCUUAUCGAGAUUGCAAGGAGAGAGACGGCCAAAUCAAAUCUCUUGUUAAAGGCUGAUAAUGCUGAGAGGAAAUGUGAGGAGCUGGAAGAUAAUUUAAAGAGAAAGGAAGAGGAGUUGAGAGCAAUCCAGGAGGAAAUGGAGGAGGUGAAGAGUGAGAAUGAAGAGAAAGAAAGAGUGAAGAAAAAGGCGGAGGAAAAAUAUGCACAAGCUCAAAAACAGGUUGAAACUCUUGAAUCCGAGCUAAAGGAUCGGGGAGAUUACUGGACGAGGAAGAAAGAAGAAUUCGCGAGGUCCAAGAGUUGGAGGCCGAGCUUAAAGUUAGCGAGGAUGAUCUGGAGAAGACAGAGAUUGAGAAGAUUGAACUUGAGCGAAAGUUGAAUGAGAUGGAAGAGAGAGAAGUUGGUGAAAAGAAGAAGGCAGAUUCUGUGAUGAAAAAAGAACUGCAGAAGUUGAGGGAUUCUCUUGAUGAGAAAACCCAACAAGUGUUUGCGGCAGAGGACACCAUCUACAAGCAGAAAGAAGUGAUCGAAGAAAUGACGUCAUUGCAGCGUAAAGCGGAACAAUCGUCCAUGCAACAAAUGGAAUCUUUUAUGUCAGAAAGCGACAAACAGUUUGAGAACCUUAAGUCCCAUCUACAGGAGAGGAACGAACAAGUUAAAGUCUGCGUUAAAGGAAAAGCAA